GUUGGGGGACUGACGAAACCCUAAAACGGAGGAGGAGGAGGUGCUCGGGGCAUGAGCAAGCAACGCGAAGUGGGGUGAGAGCUUUCGUUCGCCUGGCACGCUCGAACGAUUGUGGGAUUGAAGGUUGUGGAUCUGGAAGCUGCGACUUCCCUCCCCCCACUGCUGGUGGUGGUUGUGAUGCAGAAAUCACGCAUGUGUACAGCCCCGUCCGCCAUCGCCAGUGUCUGUCAUUGCUUAUUAAUGCCCUGCCCCGAGCUAGCUUGCGCUGAAUCCGCAUAUCUAGACGCGCUACUCGCUCCUGAAAUAGCGUAGCGUUUAGAGCGGGACGUUUUUAGUAAAAAUAUUUUGGGCGUCAGGCGUUGGGUACGGUUUACGCUGAGGAGGGUUGUGUGCCUUUGAGAGCGGGUGGGUCGGAUUAGGUAGACAGGGAGUGGAGUGGGGUGGAGUGUAGGGAGUCGAUGGGAUCUGGCCGCGGGAUGAGAGUGUCGUGCUGGUGGGGUGUAAUCAAGGUGGGGAGAGCGGAGCAUUGUUGGUAAUGCCGUGCUGGGAUGAGUGGUGACAGUGUUGGAGGAGGUUUGCGAGCAGCAGAAGCCGGGGACGGCGAGGCGUGUGGAGAUCGUAGAGGAUCUGGAAGAAGACAACGACGUGCCGUAAUCCAGGUGCAGAUGCGGUGAAAUUUGUGAGAACAUCUGCAGCUCAUUAUCAUCAAUGGCCGAAUAUAGUGUCUUAGUACAGAGAACAGUGCGGAAGUAGUGAGAAAUCAUUUUGAAAGUUUCGCAAUUGAAAAUGGAGGAUCAGUUCGCCAACAUUUUGCAGCGAAACUAUGGAUUGAAGGCUGUGGGGAAAUCAGCAUCCUUGGGGCCUCGGUCAGAAGAUAGACCUGCGAGGGCAUUGGACAGAGGAAAGAGCGUUGGAAGUGGACUUGGGCGUAUUAAUCAGUCUGCUGCUGCCGCAGUGUUCGCGGCAGGAGACAGCAUCGAUGCCUACUCUCAAGGACAAAAUGGAUCGAAUAAAUCGAGCACCCGACAAACAGAUCCGCCAUCGACGUAUGAGAGUGCGCCUGAUCAGGGUUUUCGCGUACCUACUAAAAGUACAAUUGUGGGAGGAUAUGAAGAGGUUUUUACUGGGCCUAGAUCAGGUCCUGCUUCAAGCUCAAUCUUAGCUGAUGUUUUGGAUGGUAGCUUCGGCAAAUCAACAUCUCGAUCUUCUGACAGCCCGUACAGCGAGGAUAUUCCUGCCGUUUUCUACCAAAAUAAUUCAAGUCCAGACGAACGUCCUUCUCAAAAUAUUGAGGAGCAAGAAGCCCUAAAAGAUGAUAUUGUGAGAAGGCCAUCUCAACCUGAAAAUGGGAGACGGUCUACAGAAGAAGAAUUCUUAGAUUCUCUUGAAAGAGAGUCUAAAAUCAAGAGCCAGGCUGGAUCAGUUCCCAGUUCCUAUGAUAGUCCCACGUCGCAAAACUCUAAAUACAUUCCAUCGACAGAGUCUGACAGCCCUCUGAAAGGCAGUUUUAUGAGAGGAUUCGGACGCUCUAGAACGGCAGGAACAGCGCCACAAUCCACUCCUAAUGUCGGAGGUUCCCUCUUUGAGACCUCACCUGGAGAGAGGGCGAGUGGUUCGACUGAAAGCAGGUUGAAUUCUGAGUCAAAUCACAUGACAAAUUCAGCUGCAUCAUCCCUUUCCAUGGAUGGUUCUGAAGCAGAAUCCAUUGGAAGAACGGAUUCAAAUACUGGAUUCUCGGCACCCGCUUCAAACGACCCUAUUUUUCCAGAUCUCAAUGAGCCUUAUGUGCCUUCUAGCACAGAUUUGCCCACAAAACGACCCAGUCCGCUUAAGAUGUCGAGUUCCGAGCCAGACUCUGGAGGGAUAUUGCUCGACUCAUUGGAGACGUUUCCCAAAACCCCGAAAACCCCUGCGACUGCCAGCACGGAGCAGAAGGAUUCUUCCAACUCAGGACCUGGUCCUUUCGCUCCGGACUCUCAAAGCUAUCCAUCGUCUCAUGGAGUGAGUACGAGUGCAGAAGAAGGUGUACCUAUUCGAAGGGGUUUUGAUUUAAAUUCUACUGAGAGUCCUACGGCAUCUCCUUCAUUUGCACUCAGGGGAUCUCGCAGAUCUACACGCAUUGAUGUCAACCGUUCUAAUGGUUCUUCGCCGAAUAUUGAUGAGCCCCUUACCAAGUUUGAGGUGAACAUGCCCGCAGCUGGAGGGUCUGGAGAAUCACGUAGAGCUCGGAGGAAGCAGGAGCCAUCAACUGAGGUAUGGCUUACUGUUGACCAAAUUAGGCUUCUUACUAAGCCCUCGCCUUUCCCACCCCCAUCUAGACCACCUCCUCCACUGCCUCCUCUUGCAAGGCAGUAUUCUGGCUCCGACAGGCAUCACUCUAGUAACCCAAAGUCCUCUGGAACUCCAAAACACCAACCCAGCCAGCCGUCACAAUCCUCUGAAACGGAUAAGUAUUCUAGUUCAAAAUCACGAUCUUCUGGGACUGAGAGAUCUCAUUCUAGUCAGAAGGUUCAGCCGCGUGCAGAAGUGGAAAGGCAGUCUUCUAGGCAACCUAGUUCUGGAGAAGAGAGACCAAACGGGAAUGUAGAAAAGCAGGCUGGGAACAAGGACGACUUUGUUUUGCCAGAAAUCACUAUUGUCGACCUGGGACCAGAGAUCAAACCAUCUAGAGAGGAUAGGCGGAGGAUGCGCGAGCAAAUUGAGAGAGAGCGUCGUCGGGCUAAAAGAGAGGAGGAACGCCUGAGGGAGAAAGAAAGGUUAGAACGGGAAGGUUUGAAGGAUUCAAUUUUCAGGGAUACAGAACCCAACGGCGGCAGAGCGACGUCUCGGCCGAGAGAGAAUAGGCGAGAGAAAGUUUUUGAUCCUAAAGAGCGUUAUUUUCAUGACCCAGCAACCAGGAGAGAAGAAAAAGAUGUUCAGCACCGUGUUCUCAGGCAACAAGAGAAAGAAUUUCAGGAAAGAUUAGUUAAGCAAGAGGAGGCAAAAGAAAGAGAGAAUGAAAGGUCGAGUGAAAGGCUGAGGAGGUCUCAAGAAAAGGCAGCUCUAGAGGCCCAGGAGCGUGCUGAAAGAGCAGCGGUGGAGAGAGCUGUGCAAGAAGCUCAUGAGCGGGCAGAAAGAGCUGCUCGUCAAAGGGCAGCAGCUGCGAGAGAGAAAGAACGCUUGAAAGAGGAGGAGAGAGAGAGAGAAAGAGAGAGGGAUAGAGAGGAAGAGAAGUUGCGGGAUAGGUUGAGGGAGAAGGAAAGAGGACUUGCUGAACAAUUACGCACCAGAGACAAUUUCCGUGCCACCAGUGAGCCGCGUCAAAGACUCUCUGUCUCUGUCAAUCCACCUCCGGGAGGACUUUCCAGAUUUUCCUCUGGUGGAAAUCUUAACAACUUGUCAGGAACACCAGAGACACGGAAGUCGCCUUCUACGAAGAGGGGGGUUGACGAUUGGACAAAUCUCUUCACCCAGCCUUCCUCUGGUUCAGAAAAGUUUCAGGAGAUUCCAGGAGAGCCAGCAGAUAGGAGGAAGCUGCGUCUAGAAAAGCAAAUGCUCAUAGAAGAGCGGGCUGCCAAAGCCUUACAAGAAAAGAACAUGCGAGAUCAAGCGUUGCAGCGCGAGCAGGAGGAAAGACAGAGAUAUGCAAGCACAUUGGAUGCAGAUGUGCGGCGCUGGUCUGUUGGCAAGGAAGGCAAUCUAAGGGCUUUGCUUUCCACCUUGCACCUUAUGUUGUGGCCAGAAUGCAAUUGGAAGGUUGUAUCUAUGUCAGAUCUCGUAUCUGGACCUGCUGUGAAAAAAGCCUAUCAACGAGCCAUACUGUGUGUGCAUCCUGACAAAGUCCAGCAGAAAGGAGCGAAUGUGAAACAAAAGUACACUGCUGAAAAGGUUUUCGAUCUCCUCAAGGAUGCGUACGCAAAGUUCAAUAGUGAACUGUAUUGAGUCAUUCACUUCAUUAUCUUAGUGAAACCUCAACAGGCACUACCUGGACAGCACCUUUGUUUUUACAGGGACAUUAGCACCUGACGCAAGUUGUGGGUGUUGUUUGAACACAGUGCUCUAGCUUCUUCCCUUGCUGUAGUAGUCAGCUAAUGAGCUCUUCCGUACAUUGCUGAGAAGGGCUCAAUUAAUACUCUUAGCUUUAUUGCCUUUCUUUUGAGACUUUCGUGCCUCAAUGAGUUUGUUACGGGUAGUGCUGACCUAGAAUCUGUGGCACGCCAUCCCGUUUAUCUCUUAUUAUGUGAAGCUUCUGUAUCCGACUGGUGUGUGGGUAAUUAGAAGCUCUAAUGUAAGCUGGUUCACCUUGUGAAAUACUUGCCUUGUGCAUCGACUAUAUGUGUCCAA